AUGAAUUGGACAGGCGGCCAGCUGCAGCGUUCCAAUCGCUCGGGCCUGCUAACCAAAGCCCAGAAGCAGAAUUUCGCCAGGUCUCGAUCAAAUACGAAGGGCACGGCCAUUCCCCCGCCUUCUCCGUUUCGCAACUUUCCUGAUUCUGGACCAUGGAAGGGCUUGAGCGCAAGUGAUAGAGGUGAUGGAGGUGCAGAGAUGAAUGCAGAACAUCAGUUAGUCGAGUACUGCCACCAUAGAGCCAGUCUCAAACCUGAAGAAUCUACAUGCGAUACUAGAAAUAGGUUGAGUGAUAUCAGACACAAACUCCUCAAAGAGCCUGACUGGGCUGCCGUAUCUGCUACUCGUCCCCUUGAGCUUUCCUUUACAACUACUGAAGAAGUUGAGAGGUUUGGAAAGCGGCGCAGGCUGAAUGAUAACGACAGAAGACGGGCAGUGGCAGCCAAAAGUAAUGGUUCUACGUUUUUUGAGAUGCCCAAAUGUCCAUGGAGAGAGAGACAACCUUCCUCGAUCAUCGAUACGGUCGAGGACAUCCACAUCGAAAUCAACCGACGACCAGUUGACCUUCAUGCAAAUAACAACUCAGGGUUAGGCAUGAGUAGUCUGUCAUCACAGUCAAUGCUUCUCGAUCAUGAGGGACCUGUCGUAUCCGAACAGGAAAAGAAAGGAAAUUUGACAGCUACCUGGAUUACCAAUCUGUUACCCUGUCCCCAGUGA